AUGCAACCCAUUCCGUUAUACCCUAUGAUUGCUGGGUUUACUGUAGGUGUAUUUGGAGAGUGGCUCAAUAUUCCUGCUCAUUAUUCGAUGAUUACUGUCAUGUUCCUUAUUGUAACUCAAUUAGAAUUCCUUGUAAUUUGCUUUGAGAAGAAACAUCAGACCAUCUCUGCUAGCUUGGACACUUUCAAGAUCAAUCAGCCACUGCGGGUUUUCGGUUAUUUUUUAUGCGUUCUUUGUAAUUUUGUGAUGUGUAUAUGGUUUCAUUUUGAGCGUCUGACAAAGGAUGAGCAAUGGAAUUGGAUAAGAACGAAAUCGGGGAUUCGUGAUAGGACGGAUAUCAACAAAUUCAGUGAAUCCUGUGAUGCAAUAAUUCCUCUAGAGCACAUUUGUUACUGGAAAAAUGCCAUGAUGUCCACAGUUUUCGCCCUCAAUCCUUUCUGA